AAUUUGGCUUUCCAUUGUGGGAGUAGUUCUGCUUCUGCUUCUAAUCUGCUUGGCGCAACUAAUUUGAUUAUCAAUGUCUACUUUCUUCAAUUUCUUCUAUUGAAUUUGCAGGAAAUACUCUUCAGAUUAUGUGAUUGCUGAGAAAUAGACUUGCAAUUAAGCAAAUCUACUACUACUAGUAAUUUGCUUGGUUUUAAUUUGGUGAUCCUCGGUAAUUUCUUCAAUUUCGUCAGUUAAACCUAAAGAGGCUUCCAACACCAACCAUUUCUUUUCUUCAAGUUAUGGAUCCGCAAUGGGUUGACCUUCUCCUGAGUCCCAUCAUCAAUACCACAAUUUCCAAGUUGAUUUCCACUGCUGCCGAGCAAAUCAGCCUUGCUGUCUGUUGGAAGAAGGAGCUUGAAACGCUUCAGAACAAAUUGCGCAUGAUCAAGGAUGUGUUGCUGGACGCAGAGGAGAGACAGGUGCGAGACCGUGCUGUGAAGGGUUGGCUUGAGAAGCUCAGGGAUGUCGUUUUUGAGGCUGAUGACGUGCUGGAUGAGGUUGCUUACGAAAGUGAGAAGUGCAAGGUGGAGAAUCAAAACCAAAAGCUGAAAAAUGUGCAUAAAUUCUUGACCUCCAAUCCCCUGCUAUUUCGUAGAGGGAUUGCUGAGAAGAUUAAGAAAAUUAUUGCAUCGGUGGAAGCUAUUAACAAUGAAGCGAGAGAGUUUGGACUCCAAAAUAGACUUGCUGGCACAGUGGUUUCUGAACAUAGAAGAAACGCACAGACCCAUUCCACUAUUGGUGAUUUAUCAGAAGUUGUGGGGAGAGAGGAUGAUAUCUCCAAAAUAGUGCACCUCCUAACUGACUCAUCGAAUGAGUUACGCCUUUGUGUAUUGUCUUUAGUGGGUAUGCCGGGUCUCGGUAAAACCACAUUAGCACAAGCUGUGCGUAAUGAUGAGCGAAUCAAAAACUAUUUUGGUAAAAUAAUGUGGGUUUGUGUAUCAGAUAAUUUUGAAGUAGAGAGGAUUUUAAGAGAAAUGCUGGAGUCUCUCUCCGGGAAUUCUUGUGCAGUAAAAAAUGAAGAUACUGUGAUUCAGAAAAUAAGAGAAGCCAUGGGAGAGAACAACUUUCUUCUGGUACUGGAUGAUAUGUGGGAUGAAGAGAGUCAUGGGAAAUUUGAAGACUUGAGAAACUGUUUGCUAGGAGUAUGUAAAAUGUCAAGGAAUAGAGUUAUUGUGACAACUCGGAAUGAAAAAGUUGCAUUGAAAAUGAGAACACUUCCUAAACACAUGCAUCAUCUUGGGAAACUACAAAUUGCUGAUUGUUGGUCUAUUAUCAAGAAGAGAGUACUUGGAGAUGCUUCUAUUACUCUAGAACUGGAGAAAAUUGGAAGGGAUAUUGCUCAAUUAUGUGGAGGUGUACCAUUAGUUGCAAGGGUUAUAGGAGGUAUUUUGUGUACAGAAAGGAAGAUGUUGAUUCAGCUUUGGAUGGCUAAGGGAUUUCUCCAAUCUACUGAAGAAAGUCUUAUGACAAUGGAGGAUGUGGAUCUUAAAAGUUUACAAGUUUUGUGUUUUGUUGAUUCUGCUGGUACCGAAGAAUUGCCACCAUGUUUUGACAACCUAAAGAAUCUGAGAUCUCUAGAAAUGCCUCCUGAAGGAAUUGAAAAUUUAAUCAACUUGAGGCAUCUAAACUUCAGUGAUGAAGAGCAGAUGCCUGCAAACAUUGGGAAACUAACAUGUCUUCAAACAUUGUCAAAGUUCUUUGUAGGCACAACAAAGGGACGCAAAAUUGAAGAAUUGGGCAACUUGAGAUGGCUCAGAGGAAGUUUGCAGAUCUAUAAACUUGAGCAUGUUAAGGACAGAUCAGAAGCUAUGGGAGCGAAGUUAAAUGAGAAGACAAUUUCUAAGUUGAGAUUAAGAUGGGGAAAAGAAAGCAAUCAAGAUGAAGAUGUUCUGGAAGGUCUCCAACCACACUCAAAUCUACAACUAUUAGAAAUUGAUGGUUAUGGAGGCAAAAACUUACCAUCAUGGAUGUCGAAGAAUGUUUUGAAUUGUGAUUUGUUUUUGCUCAAGAAUUUGGCAGAACUGAGAAUUAUACAAUGUAAAAAGUUAGAAAGUAUUCCAGUAAUGACAGGAUUUUCAUCUCUUCAGAUGCUUUUUAUUUCAAGCUGUAUUGAAUUGAGUACCAUAGUCGAUGGAGCAUUUGCUAAAUUGGCGUCCCUUAAAGGACUACACAUACUCAAUUGUCCUAAGUUGGAAAGGGCUUCAUCCAAUGGUUUAUUAUCCCCACAGUCACUCUUAAUUCCCGAUUGCAGAGAGUUGAAUAGCCUUUCAACCUCCACGUGUCUAAAAGUUUUACUUUUGCGUGGCUGUAAAAAUCUAAGGUCUAUUCCAAGUCUACGUGGGCUUAGUUCUCUUGAAGGGGUAAUAUUUAUAGAUUGUGGAUUAGAGCAUCUGCCCAGCGGGCUAUCAUCUUGCGUUGCUCUUAAGGAGUUAAUAAUAGCCAGAUGCCAUAGCCUGAUCUCUAUUCCAGAAGAAUUGAAGGAAAUACAUUCUUUGGUUGUUUUGUGGAUUCAUUGGUGUUCAAAAUUGAGGAGCAUCCCAGAAAAUACCCUCAAUUCCCUUACCAGCUUGAAGACAUUGUAUAUUGGUGGUUUUUCGGAAGAGUUAGAGGAAUUUCCUGGUCUCAGUUCCAUCCACAGCCUCCAAGCCUCCCUUGAAUACUUGAAUUUGACUGGAUGGGAAAAACUAACUGAGUUUCCACAUCAAAUUCAAAACCUAAACCUUACUGCUCUAAAAAGCGUGUCAAUAACAGAUUUCAAGGAAGUGGAGACAUUACCGAAGUGGUUAGGAAACUUAUCCUCUCUUAAAUCACUAUCUAUUUGGGGAUGCCUUGGAUUAAAGUAUCUACCAAGUGGGUUGUCGUUCGUCACUACUCUCGAGCGGCUUACCAUAUACAGAUGUCCUAAUCUGGUCUCUGCUAAAUUAGAGGAGAUCCUCGGCGGCCUUGCUUGCUUGAAGACAUUAUGGAUUGGUCCUUUCUCAGAAGAGUUGGAGGAAUUCCCAUGUCUGAGUUCCAUUCACAACCUUGGCACUUCCCUUGAAGAACUGCGUUUGUAUGGUUGGGCAAAGCUAACUCAGUUGCCACAUCAAAUUCAACACCUCACAGCUCUAAGGCACUUGUCUAUAUGGGAUUUCCAUGGAGUAAAAGCUUUGCCAGAGUGGUUGGGAAACUUGUCAUCUCUUCAAGAUCUAUGCAUCAAGUACUGCGAGAAUCUGGAACAUCUCCCUUCUGCAGAAUCCAUUCGGCGUCUCUCCGAAUUGAAAUUCCUUGAGAUUUCAGAAUGCCUAGUGCUAGAGACAAGAUGUCGCAAGGAAAGCAAUUCAGAGUGGUACAAGAUUUCUCACAUUCCAACCCUCAGAAUAAAUGGAGAGGACAUAUAAUCACAAGAUUCAAGUUUCCGAAAGGAAACUGAAAGAGAAAGUCUAUAAUGCUCAUGUUAAGCAUGAUUGGGAUGCGUCAACUCAUCAUAUUUGGCAAGAAAGAAACACAAGGCUUCAUAAGAAUUGUUCCAGAUCAGAUUCUGAAGAAGAUUUCAUUCCCCAUUGUCCAAAUAACAAAAAAAGAAACAAGUUGCUGCUUUUUGAGUUGCGCCUGACAGUAGUAAGCUAUUUCUUCUAAGCUGCGUAGAUCAAUAAAAUUUGCUACAUUUU